AUGGAGGCGAAGCUGCAGAAACGACUGGCAGCAGCGUCGCAGACCGGGAAGGAGGACGCGACGAGAGACGUGGAGCAGAAAACAGCAGAGGAGCUGAGGGUAAGGACAGAGGAGAAGCGAGCGCUGACCGACGAGCUGCGAGAGCUGCGGAGAAGGCAUGCGGAGGUCCUGGAGGAGCUGAGGAGUAGCAAGGAGGAGGCGCAAGGGCUCAAGGACAAGCUCAAGAGAUGUAAGGACAGGUCCACCAAGACAGACUCCGACGUCGCUGCCCUCAAGUUCGCCAUGCAGGAGGCCGCGAUCGAGCUCAAGCGAUUACAGGCGAGGCUGGUCAGCGAGGAGGAACAUGCGCAAGAACUGCAUGCUCGCUUGACGGAGACGGAGAGGGAGAGGAUAGAGGCGAAGGAGGAUGCGGCGAAGUUGUCGGAGGCCCUAGAGGAGCUGAGGCAGGAACACGAUGGGCUAAAGAGAAGACUGCGCGCGAGCGAGGAGGAGAGGACAUACCUGCAGCAGGCGAACCAGAACAACGCCAAUGCUGCUGAGGCAGCACACAGGAGAAGGAUGAAGAGCAUGGAGGAGAGGCACGAGGAGGAGAGGCAGGAGCUGGGAAGGGCAUUGAGGAUGAGUCAGAAGCAGCUCGACUGGGCCCAGCAGGAGCUGCUGACGCUCGAGGCGACGAGGAACGAGCUGGAGGGAUGCAGGCAGCGGCUGCAGGAGACCUCGAGCGACCGAGAGGCCAUGGCGCGAGCAGCAGAGAAACUCAGCUCGCUCAAGGUUCGUCUUGGGGGAGGAUACGAGAGCGUCUCCUCUCACUUCUGGAGAACCUUCAGACGACUGCGGGCGGCCAUGAACAAAGGAGAGGAGGAGAGUGUCGAGAGAAGCGUACGGAGAACGAGUAUGAGCCAAAACCUUUCCCUGACCUCAAUCAAGUCCUUCUCCACUGCGCUGGCGAACGGGAGAGCGGAGGAGGAGGAGGAGGAGGAGGAGAGGGUAGCGAGGGAGGAAUGGGAGUGGGAGGAGGAGAGCAAGUACAAUCCUCGAUCAGCGUCUCAUCGUUUGCAACUAGGCACGCAGGUUCUCAGUCUUCAUAUCUAG